ACAAUUUCCAAUCGGUAUUAGGGUUUAAUACCACAAGAACCCACCGUUUCGCCUUCUUCUCGGGUUUUAGAGAAACACCUUCACCAGCAAUGGCUUUCUGGGGAAUUGAAGUAAAACCAGGCAAACCGUACAUUCAUCGGUCCGAUGAUGAGAGAGGAAGGCUUCAUGUUUCCCAGGCUACUUUGGGUACUGGUUCCUCAACUAAGAGGAGCAUAGUACAGUGUGAAGUGGGAGAUAAGAAGCCUAUUUACAUGUGUUCGUUGUUGCCUGAAAAACUUGAGACUUGUGCAUUGAACCUUGAGUUUGAGGAAGACGACGAGGUUACUUUCUCAAUUAUUGGCUCUCACAGCGUGCAUCUCUCGGGCUUCUUCUAUGGCGAUAACGAGGACGAGGAUAACUUCGGAGAUGAUUAUGGGUCAGAUCCUUAUGGGGACGAUGUGAUGGCGACUGAUUCAGAAGAUGAGAUUAGUUAUGAUUCCGAAGAUGAAGAGGACGAUGAAGAUGAGGGUGAUGAGUUUAUUGAUGAGGAAUUUGGCAUGUAUCCUGCGUCGCCUGUUCCGAACAGUGGAGUGAAAAUUGAAGAAAUAGAUGAUGAAGAUAAACCUGAUAAUGGCCUGUCUAAACGAGCAAAAAAGAAGAAAAACCAGUCAAGCAUUGCUGAUAACAAUGAGAACUCCAACCGUCAGAUUGUUGUGAAGGGUGGAUCGGGUGUUCCCAUCUUUGAAAGUGAAGAUGAAGAUGGCUUUCCCAUAUCCGAACGGGAAAAAAAGUCUGAUAUUUCAAAACCUGUUGCAGAAUUAGAGGAGACCGCAGGUGGGAAAAUUGGUGAAAAAACCCAGAAAAAUAAUGCAAAGGAAGAUGCUGCCCGUGGAAAAAAAUUGAAAAGAAAGAUUGAUGCUGCCGAACAAGAUGAUGAACCCGCAAGGGAAAAUCUGAAACCCGGUGCUACUUCAGUCCAACCUGAUGCUGUAAUUUCUGACAAUGAAGUUAAACAAAAGAAGAAUAAGAAGAAAAAGAUAUCUGAGAAAUUAGCAAGUGCUCAGGAUAAUGUCACGCCAAAUUCCGAUGGUAAACAAGAGUCUUCAGUAGCGGAAAUUGGAAAUGAUCAGAAGCCAUCUUCUGAAAAGAAGAAAAAUAAGAAAAAUAAGAAAAAGAAUAAACAGGAGGUAGAUGCGCCAACUCCAAAUACAGAGGACAAACAAACAGGUGAAAAAGGAUCUAUUACGGAGAAACAAGAGAAGGAAGAAGCUAAAUCAUUGCAAGUAAGGACAUUUCCAAAUGGUUUGAUGAUAGAGGAAUUGGCAAUGGGUAAACCAGAUGGCAAAAGAGCUUCUCAAGGGAAGAAGGUUGGUGUCCGUUACAUUGGCAAGCUGAAGAAGAAUGGCAAAAUUUUUGACUCAAACAUUGGAAAAUCACCCUUUAAAUUUCGUUUAGGUAUAAUAUCUAUUUCCUCUGAUUUUUUUAAUAGAAAAUCCAAUAUUUGGUAUUAAAAUUUGGUGAUACAU